GAAAAUCGCCUCAGACGGGAAACUUUUCUGUAGCGAAAAAAAAAACGUGAAAAAGUGAAGGGGGCGAUGGUGGAAUAACAAAAACAACAGUAACAACAAAGCGUUGUAUUGCUGUACUAAGAGGGAACUUUGAGGAAAAAAAGAGAUUUACCUGUGGAAGUGCUGCUAAAUCAUCCAUGACGCUAUAAAAUAAUAGUUGGCUGCCUGACCGAACGGAGCUGACGACUGAAAACGCACUUACGGGGUUGACCCGAACCGAGCAGGGUGAGACGGUGUUCUGGUGUGUCGCGAGAGUCCUCGCGCACUCGCUACCGAUGUCCCUCGAGACGGUGUCGCGUCCGCCAGAGCAUGAGCGCGAGAGGCGGCUUCUUCUCAUCUCCAGCGAUGUGCCUGACUGUCCAAGCUGUCCAUCGGACUUGGAGGAAGCACUGGACAGCCAUUCUGCCACAACCAGAGAAAUUCCAACCAACAGUGGUCUUAUUAGAACUCAGCCUCAGUCAAGCAUUCUGGCCCCAGAAUCUAGAGAGGUGGAGGCUAGUAAGGUCUUGAAGGGCCACCCUGAGUCCCUGUGUAACGUGGUCACAAACACCAGUGCUGACGCCAGGAGAAAACCAUCCCCCAUGUCCCAUAAGGUGCAGCGGAAGCUCCAGUCCAACCUACCUAUUAGAGGUCACGGUAGCGGGAUGGUCAAGAGCAGCAAGGACAUUUCCAAGAGGAACCACAGGAAUGGCUCCACACCGGAUGACUGCUGCGUGCACUGCAUCUUGGCCUGCCUCUUCUGCCAGUUCCUGAGUAUGUGCAACCUCCUGCUGGUGCAGCUAUCCUGCGACCACUGCUCUCCAGAGGCCCAUGCCUGCUGUCACUGCUACUAUUGCUGCACGGAUGACCAAGGCGAGGAUGGCGGCUGUGCAUGUGAUCCAGAGUGCGGUGUGAUGGAGUCCUCUGACUUCUUGGAGAUCUGCAUGGAGUGCUGCGGGAUCUGCUUCCCUUCAUAGGGAUGGGGGGGGGGGGGGGGGAGGACAUGGUGCUACUCGUGCAACCCCUUGUGAUCUCAACAUCCCUAAGCCUGCAACUUCUCUACCUGACCACAGGAAACGGAACUGAACAGGGUCAUGCAGUGUCAGGGCCCCAAUCCAGUGUGCUGAUUUCCAUACAAUCCAGAAACUCUACACGUUCUGCAAAAAAAAAAAAAGAAAAAAAAAAAAAAAACUUGUUGAAGCAGGCUUUUGAAAAGACCAUCAAGACCAGAAUGCUGUGGUGUUGGGAUAUCCAUAUUAUGCAACAGAGAGGAUGUGUGAAGGAGCUCUUCAGGGAUGACUCACAAUGGUUACACUGCUCGAGGCUUCCGUGGUGAAAUAGCUUUUAGAAUCACAAGAAACAGCACUUAACUUACAAACCCUUCCUUUUUAUCCUGAGACAUUCUUACAGUACCCGCAGCUUCACUGAGAGUGCCCUGUUCUGCUUCGUUUAGAGUCUUCUAAUCCACAGAUAAAGCACAGAAAAUCAAACCAAACUUGGACAUCUUUGCUUUUUCAGUAUCGGACAAAAGUAUCUGUUACUUUGAAAGCUUGGGGGGGGGAAGUCUCAAAUAUAGUAUAAAAGUAAAAAUUUCCUCAAGCAUGAGCAGUUAUGUCGUUGAUAUGAUUACUUUGUGAUUUGAUGUCUGUUAUGAAUCAGAAUCAGGGCCAGUGGACCUGUCAUAGUGGAGACAGGCCAAACUACACAAGUAAAAUGGGUAAUACUAGCAUUUUUCAACACUUUUAAAUUAGCAAAGUUACAUAUUCACACACACACACACACACACACACACGUA